CCUCUUUUUUUAUUUUCGUCGCCGCAUCUUCCGCAUCUUCAAAAUCUCGAGUUGCCGGCACAUCUCCGGCGAAGCUGCCGUCAUUCCGCUAUCGGGAGGAAGCGGGGGAGGAAACAUUCAUUUAUUGGACAGUGACGUAGAAACCCUGACAAUCAAAAUUGAUUUUUCCUAACUGGGUUCUUGCCUUUUUAUAGCUCCGUUGGGGAGCUUAGGGUUUGUCCAAUGGCGAACAGGACGGACCCGACUGCAAAGAGCAUUCAUGGAACAAAUCCGCAGAACCUCGUUGAGAAGAUCGUCCGCUCGAAGAUCUACCAGAAUACCUAUUGGAAAGAACAGUGCUUCGGGCUUACAGCCGAGACGCUUGUUGACAAAGCCAUGGAACUUGACCAUCUCGGCGGCACCUUCGGAGGCAACCGCAAGCCUACCCCUUUCAUUUGUCUCGUCAUGAAGAUGCUUCAGAUACAGCCCGAGAAGGAGAUUGUUGUUGAAUUCAUCAAGAACGAGGAUUACAAGUAUGUCCGCAUUCUGGGUGCUUUCUACUUGCGGCUUACGGGGUCAGUGACAGAUGUGUACCAAUACCUGGAGCCGCUCUAUAAUGAUUACCGGAAGCUACGACAGAAACUUUCAGAUGGAAAUUUUGCUUUGACUCAUGUGGAUGAAGUGAUUGAUCAGCUUCUCAAAACAGAUUACUCAUGUGAUAUUGCCCUCCCUCGCAUUGCCCUCCCUCGCAUUCAGAAAAGAUGGACCCUUGAGGCUUCUGGAAUUUUGGAACCUAGGAGGAGUGCUCUAGAAGAUGAUUUUGAGGAGGAAGAAGAGAAAGAAGAUGAGGAACAGGCUAUGGAUGUUGAUGCCAGCACCCAUGAAAAGGAUUUUUAUCGUGGACGAAGUCCAACAAGGGAGAGAGAUAGAGAUAGAAAGCGUGACAAUUUAAAGUAUAGGGAACGAGACUAUGAUAGGGGGAGGGAUUAUGAUCGGGACCAUGACAGGGGUCGUGAAAGAGAUCGGGAGAGGGAUAGAGACCGAGAUAGAGAAAGAGACCGGGAUAAGGAGAGGGAUCGUCAUCGUCUUAGAGAUGAGAAGGACUAUGGUCGAGAUAGAGAUCGUGAAAGAGAAAGGGAAGGAAGAGAACGUGAUAGGAGAGACCGUGAUCGUGGAAAACGAAGAAGCCGCUCGAGGAGCAGGAGUAGGAGCAGAGAUCGCAGAGAACGUGACCGUGAGGAUGGUGAGUAUCGAAGAAGGCGUGUUCGUGGCAGUAUCAGUCCUCGUAGGCACCCUGCAGAUGAUGGAAAUUUCCAGGAUGAAUCAAAGAAGAAGGAAAAGGUGAAAAAGAGUGAUGGAACCGACCACCCGGACCCAGAGAUUGCAGAGGCCAACAGGCUUCGUGCUUCUCUUGGCCUGGCUCCAUUGAAGCUCUGAAAUCUUUCUUCUUACUGUUCAAGAUAGCACUUCGCCCCGAUCCUUCUGUUGAAUGAACAAAAAACAUGAAUAUCUGCUUUAAUGUCCCAUGUUUUUCAGAUCCGCAUGAUUGGCAUCUCAGAUGUAUUUUGCUUAUAUUUUUCAAUUUUCAUGUAGAAGGCUGAUCUUUUUUAGAUGUCCACCUGUAACUACUGGGAUUUAUGUAAACAAACUUAUGAUUUAUCAGGUUUGCACCGCCUUGGUA